UUACCUACCCUUCUCCUGCACUACUGAUGUCUGCUGCGUACUAAUUAAAUACAGGCUAAAACUCACCACACAUUCCUUCAUCACUUCCAUUUUUAACUAUGUUUAAAACGUCAACAUACUUGUAACUAGUUCAUUAAUUUAUUGACCUAGGUGGCACAUGUUCUGUUUCUUUACGCCAUUAAUUAGAAACUUCUUACUUUAGAGGAUAACUUUGUGUUCAUAUAUAUGUGAAGCUACUCACUCUGUAGACUAUAUAUAGGAAAUAUAAUUAAACUCUGUAAAACAUUGUUUUCGAUCUCUUCAAGUAACUGAGAAGAAAAAAUGGCAAUUGGGGGCAUUUCUGUUGAAGGACAAGAUAGCGAUAACGGGAAGAUAACAUUCGCCGUUGUCAUCACUAGCAUUGUUGCUGCAUCAGGUGGCCUCAUUUUCGGAUUUGAUAUUGGAAUUUCAGGAGGAGUGACAACAAUGAGGCCAUUCCUUGAAAAAUUCUUCCCAUCAAUACUGAAGAAGGUAGCAUCUGCUGGUGCUGAAACAAACGUGUAUUGUGUAUACGACAGCGAGGUUUUAACAGCGUUUACUUCAUCACUCUACAUUGCUGGCUUGGUUGCGUCUCUCGUAGCUGGUCGCCUCACGGCCGACAUAGGACGAAGAAACAUAAUGGUAGUAGGAGGCUGCACUUUCUUUGCUGGUGCUGCUAUGAAUGGUGCUGCUCAAAAUAUUUCUAUGCUCAUUUUGGGCCGCAUUUUGCUAGGCUGUGGUGUUGGCUUUACUAACCAGGCUACUCCUGUAUAUCUCUCAGAAAUGGCACCUUCAAAAUGGCGAGGUGCAUUCAGCACAGGCUUCCAAUUCUUCAUAGGCCUUGGUGUUGUUAUUGCGAAUUGCAUAAACUAUGCCACCUCUAAGCUCAGCUGGGGAUGGCGCCUCUCCCUCGGCCUGGCUGUUGUUCCAGCCGCGACAAUGACCAUAGGUGCACUUAUCAUUUCAGACACACCUAGCAGCCUAGUUGAGCGUGGAAAAUUGGAGCAGGCAAAACAAUCUCUAGCAAAAGUUCGAGGAACCAAUAACAACACUGAAAUUGAAGCUGAGUUAGCUGAUCUUAUUAAAUCUAGUGAAAUUGCAAGAGCUUCAAAGGAAGAGCCUUUUGUAACAAUCUUUAAGAGACAACAUCGGCCUCAUUUGGUCAUGUCCAUUGCCAUACCAUUUUUCCAGCAAAUGACUGGGAUUAAUAUCAUUGCAUUCUAUGCCCCUGUCCUUUUUCGAUCUGUUGGUUUUGGGAAUAACUCGGCUCUACUUGGUGCUGUUAUACUUGGAUUAGUCAAUCUUGGUUCAAUCCUUGUCUCUACUGGUAUUGUUGAUCGCUUUGGUCGGAGAUUUCUCUUCAUACUGGGUGGAGUACAAAUGCUCUUUUGCCAGGUAGCAAUUGCUUCUACACUUGCAGCUUCAAUAGGUGAAAAUGGAAGCAAACACAUUAGCAAGCAAUAUGCUGCCUUAGUACUUGCCCUGAUGUGCAUCUAUGCUGCUGGUUUUGGUUGGUCAUGGGGUCCUCUAAGUUGGCUCAUUCCAAGCGAAAUAUUUCCGAUGAACAUUCGAUCGACGGGGCAGAGCAUAAGUGUGGCUAUGAACUUUGCAACCACAUUUGUGUUGUCUCAAACAUUUUUGGCAAUGCUUUGUCACUUCAAGUAUGGGGCUUUCUUGUUCUUUUCUGGUUGGAUUGCUGUUAUGACCAUUUUUAUUGUGAUGUUUAUGCCAGAGACCAAAGGUGUUGCUUUGAAUUCCAUGCAUCAAGUGUGGGAGCGGCACUGGUUUUGGGGUAGAUAUGUUAAAGAUCAGAGCUAGUGCCGCAACAGAGUGAGCAAAGAAGUUGAAUGGAAUAUACAAAAGUUUUAUACUGUUAGAUGCUCCUGUGAUCUAGAAAGAGGAAUUUUAUCAUAAGUGGAUCAUGAUAAAGAUAUAAUUAAGUAAAUAAAAGUAUUUUUUCUCUAACAGAUAUAACUUUAUAUUUGCAAUAAGAUUAACUCAGAAUUUUAAGUUAGCGUUUGCUAAAUAUUAUUC